AUGAGAUCACGGAUUUUUAGCAUUCUACCAAAAAGACACCUAUUCACGGGUCAGAGAUUAUCAACAGUGUUUUCUGCAGGACAACCCACAUAUGAAACCAGACCUCAUAUAAUUACCAAGCCGGGGGAUUUGACUCCGGGUAUAUCAGCUAUGGAAUACUAUGAACGUCGAUUAGAACUAUCAACCAAAUUACCAGCAAAGUCACUUGCUAUAAUAAUAGGUAAUUCCGUAAAGUUCAGCUCUGGAAGUGUUUUCUACGAUUUCCAACAAGAUACAGAUUUGUACUAUCUUACUGGUUGGUUAGAACCAGAUACUAUCAUGGUCAUUGAAAAGAAAGGUGAUAACGGUGCCGAUGAUGUAUUGUUGCAUAUGUUGGUUCCACCCAAGAACCCAAAGAAAGAAUUAUGGGAGGGUCCUAAAAGUGGUUUGGAAGGAGCUUAUAACAUUUUUAAUGCCGAUUUGGUGGAAGAUAUUAGGAAUGCACCACAAUAUUUAAAACAAUUAAUUAAAGAUAAUAAUCAUAUAUACUGGGAUAAGAAGUAUAAUCUGAAACAAGAAGUUGGGUUCAAGCAAUUUUUUAAUUUCUCGGAAUACGACAAUUUGAAUGAAAUCAUUUUGAAAUCAAACAAGCAUAUCCACAAAUUGACGCCGUUGAUAGCCGAUUUGAGAGUUGUAAAGUCAUCUGCAGAAGUGGCUGUCAUACAACAAGCGUGUGAAAUUUCCAGUUCAGCGAUAAACAAAGCAAUGGCUAAAGUUGGAACGGACGAUCCAAUUACAUCAGAAAAUGUUUUGGCCAAAUAUUUGGAAUACGAAUUUGCUAAAGGUGGCUGUGAAAAGCAUGCAUAUAUUCCUGUUAUCGCCAAUGGAGCUAAUGCAUUGUGUAUGCAUUACACAAGAAAUGAUGAUUUACUAUGGGAAGAUGAUUUGGUUUUCAUCGAUGCUGGAGGUAAAUUAGGUGGAUAUUGUGCAGAUAUUUCCCGUGCAUGGCCAAACAACCAACAAGGGUUCAGUGGUCCUCAAAAAGAUAUAUACGAAGUGGUAUUGGCUACAAAUAAGAAAUGUAUUGAUUUGUGUAAUGCAACCUUGGGUUAUUCUUUACAUGACAUACAUGAAAUUUCUGUAAACACCUUGAGACAUGAAUUAAAUAAUCUUCCAGAGUUUAAAGGGGUCACCAACAGUGAGGUGACAAGAAAGUAUUACCCACAUUACAUUGGUCAUAAUCUUGGGUUAGAUCUUCAUGAUAUACCUUCUGUUUCCAACAACUUGCGUUUGCGUAAGAACCAAGUUAUCACCAUAGAACCAGGUUUAUACAUUCCACUUGAUGGUCCAAAAUCAUAUAGGGGAAUUGGGUUGCGUAUAGAAGAUAAUGUUGUUGUGGGGCAAGAUCAUGCUGAUGAUAAAAUCAACUUGACCCGUAGUUGUAAGAAAGAAUUGGCAGAUGUCGAAGCAUUGAUUAGCGGGGGUUUGUAA